AUGGCCCAUAAACCACGAAGCCCACAACGUUACCGCAACCCACAAGGGGCACAAUCGUCAUGUCGUAACAACGUUGGCAAUAUAAAUAUCCGCAUUAGGGUCUACACUAAACUUCCCCAAACGUUGUUUGCACGAGAUCUGUGGUUCUUCGGGCCGCUACUGUUCUUCUCUCUCUUAGUAGAAGUCUCUGCUCACGCUCGAGCAGAUCUGUAUAUGAAUUUUGCGGGCUUUUAUAGUUCCUUUGACCGUGUUUCGUUUUUGGGCAAGCUUGAGAAGAAGAAACAAAUGGCAAAUUUCAUGGAUAGAUGUUAUGGCUACUGUGAGUUUCUUCGAGGAUUUUCUGUGGUGUUUUUUGGAAUGGAAUCUCAGAUCAAGCACGCUAUUGUGGUGAAAGUUAUGGGUCGGACAGGAUCCAGAGGGCAGGUGACUCAGGUGAGAGUUAAGUUCAUUGAUGACCAGAACCGGUUUAUCAUGAGAAAUGUGAAGGGACCAGUCAGGGAGGGUGACGUUCUCACUCUGCUUGAGUCAGAGAGGGAGGCAAGAAGGUUGCGGUGAUUGCUCUUUUGAGUUUUAAUGCCUCCUCAAGGUGUUUAAUUGCUAGCUAUUGUGUCAGACUGUUCCAUUUCAAACCCUUAUCCCAUUUUGUUUUGUUUUUGGGUUUUCAUACAUGACUGGUUUGAGUAUGAGCAUGUAUGAGAUUCUUUUGAGUUUUCAAUUAAGGUGAACGCAUCUGAGUCCUGUAUGUCUCGGAAUCAGCAUUAAUACGGUUUGAUUAAUUUGCAGCUUCCUGAGAAUACAAUUUUAAGGAAAAUACUACAAAACCUAGAUGAAAUAUAAAAAAUUAC